UAUGAUUGGCGGAAAUAAAGUAAAUAAAUACAUAUGAAUGUGAAGCAUAUUUUAUGGAAUUAUUUUAAUUGGGGAAAAAAUAAAAGGAGAAAAUGCGUUGAACAGGCUGUAUAGUUUUUGUGAACAAAUGGGGGACUGAAGACAACAACACUCUUCUUCUCCCUCUUUGUCCUUUUGACUCUCUCUCUCUCUCCUCCCUUUCCCCACCGGCGAACCAUUCCUUCUCUCUCCUCCUUUUUCCCCACCGCCGACCAUUCCUAAUUCCUCCAUUUGCUUCUUCCUCUCUCCUCACCUCAAUUCUCACCAAUAAAGUUUCAAUUUUUAACCUUUUUGUUGAACUCUUCUCCACACUCAGACGUGACGCCGACUCUUUACUGAGUCUCGCCCUGGGGCACUUUUCUCCAGAGGCGAAGACGUUGAAGGACAUCAAGAAUGAGGAUUCUCUGUGGUCUCCAGGUGCUUCUCUUUCUCUAUCUCUUCUCUUACCAUCUCUCUGCUCAAUCUCCUCCUCCUCCUCCGACCAAUGCGUCUUCUCUUGAUUCCCUUCUUCAAGAUUACUCCUUUAGAGCUUUCGUCCGUCCCCGCACCGGCAUUCUCUACGACGCCGUCACCGUUCCUCCGAAUCUAACGGGGAUCAAACUCUCCGCCAUGAGGCUCAGGAGCGGGAGCUUGAGGAGACGAGGAGUCCUUUCCUUAAAACAGUUCUCGAUUCCCAAAGGCGUAAUCGUGAAGCCGUACGUGACAAGGCUCGUCUUUGUCUACCAAAACCUAGCGAACUUCUCUCAGUUGUAUUACCCUUUGUCUGGCUACGACUAUGUCGCUCCCGUGGUUGGUCUCCUCGCUUACGAUGCUAAAAAUCUCUCCGCCGUUAACUUACGGGAGCUCGAGAUAACGGCGUCAAAGGAUCCUAUAAGAAUCGACUUCUCUGAUCUGGAACCGAUCCCUCAAGGUGGAGGGAGUGUUGUUGAGUGCGUUAGCUUUGACUCUAGUGGUAAAGCGAGUUUCAGCGAUUCGAUUCGGAACACAUGCGAGACGGAGAGGCAGGGGCAUUUCUCGGUGGUGGUGAAGUCUGUUCCGUCUGCUCCUUCUCCAGCUCCGGGGGGUGAGGAAAGGAAGGAGAAGAAGAAGAGCUCUGAGUCUAACUCAAGAACUUGGAUCACCGUUGGUUCGGUUUUGGGUGGAUUGGUGCUGUUGGGGCUUUUGAUGUUUCUGGUUCUGCGGUGUCGGAAGUACAAGAAGCAGGAGAGGAUGAGGGAGAUGGAGAGAGCUGGAGAGACAGGGGAAGCUCUGAGGAUGACUCAGGUCGGUGAGACGAGAGCACCGACUGCUGCUACCACUCGUACACAACCGGUUCUUGAAACUGAAUACGCAGCUUAGAAGUGUACAUCUUCUUCUUCUUCAUCUUUGAUCAUAUGUUACUGUCUUUUUUUUUUCCCUACAAUUAUUUUUCUUUUUGGUAAAGUGUUUUUUUUUCUGAUUAUUUGGUCGUUGUGAUUAGCAAGUUGAAACUUUACUUUCAUCUUGUUUUCUCUACGGGUGAUUUAAGGAAAUAAGUAUUAUUGUUUGUGCUCUCAA